AUGGCCACCACAACCACGGCGGUAGCGUCCCUCACUACCCUGUCCCCCGCCGUCGGCAAGCGGUUUGUCCUCUCGUCCCCGUGCCUCUCAUUCUCCUCUCACCGCCUGACCAUCGCCGGCCUCCGCCAUCGAUACCACACCGCCGCGGCGUCGAGGACAGCGAGGAGGCGGGCGGCGUCCACGUCCCUAGUGGUGGGGAGCAGGACGGUGACGCUCCCCGACGCGAUGCUCUCCUACUUCGACCCGGCUGAUGGGGAGCUGAGGACGGUGACGGUGGCGGAGCUGACUGCGGGCAAGAAGGUCAUCCUGUUCGCGGUGCCCGGCGCAUUCACGCCCACGUGCUCGCAGAAGCACCUGCCGGGGUUCAUGGAGAAGGCGGGCGAGCUGAAGGCGAAGGGCGUGGACACAGUGGCGUGCGUGUCGGUGAACGACGCGUUCGUGAUGAAGGCGUGGAAGGAGUUGCUGGGGCUGGCCGACGGCAGCGGCGUGCUGCUGCUGUCGGACGGCAACCUGGAGCUGACGCGCGCGCUGGGUGUGGAGAUGGACCUCUCCGACAAGCCCAUCGGGCUCGGCGUGCGGUCAAGGAGAUACGCGCUGCUGGCCGAGGACGGCGUCGUGAAGGUGCUCAACCUCGAGGAGGACGACGCCUUCACCACCAGCAGCGCCGAAGAGAUGUUGCGGCUUGCAUGCAGUGAUGCAGUGGCCGCGGAACGCGCAAUAACAUGCGGCUUUUGCGGCUUGCAUGCAGUGGCAGUGGCCCAGGUGGGCGAUGCUAAGCGGCUUGCAUGCAGUGACCCAGGUGCAUGCGACGUGGGAUAG